UUAAACACAAAGUGCCCUGUGAAACGGGUGGACAAUUUGUACGAAGGUCAGGUCAUGGCUUUUUCGAUAUUCGAUAUUGUAGCAUAACUGGCAUUAAUAAUUACGUACGACUAGAAAGCUGUCUUCCAGUUCAAUAGUUUUGUGUGAUACUACAUGAUAAGAAAAGUGUGUUCGUGUACAAUGGUUUCCUUUCAUGAAUCAUCAAUGGUAAAAUGAUAAGAAAGAGAAAAAUCUUGAAAGUUUCUUUUAUAGUUUUUAUAGCUCUUAUACUGCUCUAUCCAUCAUUGUUUCAUUAUGAAUCAAAUUAUCACGAGUCUGUGAUAUCUAAGGUGAAUACUUCAGAGACUUUAAUCCAAAGAAGCAAAAAAAGUAUAUGUUAUGAUGGAUGGAAUACUUCAUUUGCAAAAAGAUUUCCGCAUAUUAUGAUUAUUGGUUUUGGAAAAGCAGGAACUCGUGCUGUCUAUCAAAUGCUUCGUAUGCAUCCGAAUGUUGUUGGUCCAUCAAAUGAACUUCGUUUUUUUUCCUCUGACUUAAAGUAUAAAGGUGGCAUUGAUUCGUAUAUCAGACUUAUGCCAAGAACAACGAAUGAGCAAAAAACAAUUGAAAAAAGUCCGGACUAUAUUAUUAAAGCUGGAACUGCUGAAAGGAUAAAAAAGGCCUUAUUGUACUGUGAACGUCUUGACGAAGUCAAAUUUAUUGUUGUUUUAAGAAAUCCAGUCGACAGAGCUGUAUCAGAAUAUUUAGAGUGGAAAAAACAUCUUAGGUUGACAAAUUUAAAUGAUUUUCAAAAGCGUGCUCUAAAGAAAUCUGGUGAAAUCAAAAACCAUAAUAUACAGGUAAACUGCAGUAUUUACUCCUAUCAUAUUAAAAACUGGUUAAAGACGUUUGAUAUCAACAAGAUAUGCUUUGUGAAUGGUGAUUUGUUAGUUAAAGAUCCUUUUAUUGUCAUAAAAAAGUUGGAAAGAUGUUUGGAACUUCAAGAUUUCAUAACACCCCAGCACUUUUAUUUUCUAAAGGAAAGAGGCUUUUAUUGCCCAAUGCCUUCAUUUGGUCGAGUUAAGUGUCUUGGAUCCAGUAAAGGGAGACCGCAUCCUCCACUUGAGAAGAAUUUUGAAAUGAAACUGAGAAAAUUUUAUCAACCUUAUAAUAUUGAACUCUAUAAUCUAUCGGGAAUUAAUUUUGAAUGGGUUGAAAAAAAAAGCUGAAACUUGACCACUUGCAUAAAAUUUUGAGAAAAUUCGAUCGAAAAUUUUCAAGAAUGAAUGCAGUUUUCUUGAAAAUAUCGGGAAACACUUUUCCUGGGCUGCGAUAAAAUUUCCGUUUUUUGAAACUAGUUCCAGUUUUCAACUGGUUCCAUGCUCAAAAUUGGGACCAGUUGCCGGUUUGAAAUGGUAGCAAUUUUACAAAGUAAUACUAAAAAUUUGUAACUAUUUACAAAGAUAUUUAACUUGUACAACAUUGAUUGUAACAAGUUUCAGUUAAAGUUACCGUAAAACCAAUUAUGCUUGUAAGUAAAAACUAUAAGAAUUAACGAUUACUCUUAAGUUACAGCACUGUCUAUUAUGGUUGUUCAACACACAGUAAAUGAUAGAAUAUGGUCAAA